AUGUAUAGUGUAAAAGAUAUACUGUCUGCUAUUGACAAAGGAGAAGAGUUUUUAGUAAAGUCUGAUGGUACUAAAGGUGAAAAGGUGAAGGAGAUCCUACCUGAUGAAUCAUUAUUAGACAAUAGUAACCAUUCACUAUUAGGAGGACGUAAUAUUAAGGAAUUAAUUGAAGAAUCCAAUACACCAUUAACUACAACAAUAGGUACUAGAAGUACUGAAGCUGAUGAGAUUGAUAUAAAAAAAAUAGAAAAAUGGCUGGAAGAAGGUGAAGUUGAGCUAAAAGUCACUCGUAUCAAUAUGCAUGGUGCACCUGGAGCUGGUAAAACAUGUUCACAACACCUCCUACUUAAUGAGCCACCACCUGAGAAACUCACUGACAGUACACCAAUAGCUUGUCCUGCUGUUCAGGCAACAAGAAUAUCCAUUGACGGUAAAAAUAAAUGGAAGAGGGUUGAUAUUGAAGAUAUACUUAAUCAACUAGCAUCUCAUUUAGAAGAGACACAGAAUAAAAUGAAAAUAUCUACAGAAGCACCAAUGCUUAAGGGUGAUGUGUCUGGCUUGGAUAAACCGCUGGAAGAACCAACUGAGAAUAAUCCAACCAAAAAUGAACCAUUCCAGGAUGAGCUAACUGAGAAUAAGCCAACUGAGAAUAAGCCAACUGAGAAUGAACGAUUUAAAAAUGAACUACCUGAAAAUAAGCCAACUGAGAAUGAACCAACUAAAAAUGGAUCAUUGAAGAAGAAACUGGCCGAAGUAGUUUAUAAAAUUGAAAAUGCUCGUGUGACUGGAAACUUCAAAACAUUCACUACAAAUUGGGUUUAUUUUAUUGAUUCCGGUGGUCAACCAGCAUAUCGAGAGUUACUACCUCUUUUUACAAGAGCAGCUGCACUGAAUAUUAUCACCAUUGAUCUUACCAAAGGUCUUGAUGAGAAGUGCAAGUUUCAAUAUCGUAUUAGUCAAAAUUUGUCUCCUAUUAAAACAGACCUGAAAUAUUCUAAUUGUGAUAUAAUACGCUCAACAAUUAGCUCCGAAGCUAUGUUGAAUCACAUUAAAAUUCCUUAUGUAUCUGACAUGCCUGAACCCUCUCAUUAUUUUGUACUUGGUACACGUAAAGAGUUGAUAACUGAGGAAAAGCUACAAGAAAUGAAUGAAUGUCUGAUAAAUAGCUCUAAUGUAGACCUUAAAAAUGUAAUUCAAAAGAAAAAAGACUUGAUUAUAUUUCCAGUUAAUACGUUGCUCCCUGCUGGAUCUAAAGAAAGAGAAGAAGCUAGUGUAAAGCUUUGUUCUGCAGUUUCAAAUUGUGCAGUUGAAAUGACAAUUGUGCUACCAAUUCGAUUGUUCACUUUUGAGAUUGCAUUACAGAUGGAAGCUAAGGAGAAGGAACGAAGUUUUUUUACAAGAGAAGAAGUAAUUGAGAUCGGUAAGUCUUGCCGACUUGAUAAACAAAUAGAUAUUGAUAACGCUCUGCAAUAUUUACACAAUGUUACUAUUAUUCUUUAUUUUCAUGAAAUCCUACCAAACAUAAUAUUUGUUGAUCCUAAACCAAUUCUUGACGUCCUUUCUCAUCUAAUAGCGAUCACAUACGUUGACCAUACUGAUCUACAUUUGGUUGCAGACCCACCUCCUUCAUCUGAUAAAAAAAAUAAUCUCAGAAACUUUGGCUUUUUUAACGAAGAUAUUUUAAAAAUUAUUGGUAAGAAAAUUUUUAUACAUGAUAAUUUUAAAACAUCUCACAUGAUCAAGCUUCUGAAACACCUCCACAUCAUUGCUAAAGUUGAAAACAGAAAAGAAGGAGACUAUUUUUUUCCAUGUGCAUUACCAUCUUGUGAUAAGCUCAUUCCUGCCCCAACAGAAAUACAACCACUUCUCAUAGCAUGGGAGAUUAACAAUAGUGGAACAACAACUCUAGCCAUCCCUCAAGGAUUAUUUCCUUUAACCAUUGUACACCUUUUAGAGAGAGAAGAUGUUGAUUUCAGUCCAAUAGGCAAAGACUAUUAUAGAUAUCAUGAUGCUAUGUCACUUCGUGUUUACAAAGACUACACUAUAGAUAUCAUCAAUCGCUGUACACAUAUCGAAAUACAUUUUGAUGGUUGCAAGGAAUUUUGUCCUCAAAUUUGUGAAUUAGUCACAGACACUAUCAAAAAAAGCAGCAAAGGUCUUAACAUAAAUGAUGAUCAUAUUUUUGCAUUCAAAUGCUCAGUAGACGAACAAUGUUACUGCAUUGUCCAAGAAGAUAAAUCUUCUACCAGAUGUACUCAAUGUCGAUCACACUGUAAAGUACUACAAGGUGAUGAUGAUAGCUAUAGAUGUUGGUUUAGUAAUCUUCAAUUACCUAGUCCAGGAGCUGAAGCAUCAUUAGAAAGUCCACCUACUACAAGACCCACAGUACAACCCACUGGAUUAUUAGAUACUAGUAAUCUUAUUGAUGUACUUGAUGUACUGGGUGAUCAUGGAUAUUCUGGUGUCAGUUAUUAUAAACUUGGUCUUCGUCUUGGACUACUCCCUGGCACACUUGAUGUUAUUAAGGAAAAUAACAAAGGAGAU